GCGCGCGUGCGUGUGUGAGAAGGAGUGUGUGUGUGUGUGUGUGUGUGUGUGUGUGUGUGUAUAUAUUAAGAAGGAGACCUCGCGCUCGUCGCUCCAUCGCCGCGAGCCGGGUAACAUGGGCAGCCGCCGGCGCGCGGAGAUUCGCGCUCUGCUGCUGCACGCGCUGGCGUGGCUCGCGCACGGACUGGCGGUUGAUUCACCUGAAGAGAGGCGUUUGAGGAGUGCCGUUACGAAGCUGGAACACUACCACUCCACGGUACCGCUGCUGCUGCUGGAUGGAAAUGAGCGCCGGCCAAUCAGCUGGCUCCACUCCAGGAGCCCUCCCGCUUCACUGCAGAUAUUGAUAGAGGCAGAAGGUCAGCAGUUGAUCCUGUCUCUGGAGAAGAAUGAGGGUCUCUUCAGCAGCAGUUACACUGAAACCCACUACAAGGAGGAUGGACAAGCUAUUACUGACACUCACAACACUACGAUAAACUGCUAUUACCAUGGCAAGGUCCAAGGACACACCCACUCUGAUGUCAGCCUCAGCACUUGCUCAGGUCUCAGGGGGUUCAUCUUACUUGAAAAUGAGACGUUCAUGGUGGAGCCUGCGUUUGAGCCAGAGAACGGUACACACGUGGUCUACCGAGGAGAGCAUCUUACCUUUCCCACUGGAGCCUGUGGCCAUGGACACAAUAUCACCACUGUCAACCACAGCAGUGCUGGAGGACUUCUACAGUCAUUCAACACCAGGCAUAAAAGAGACGCACAGAAGACCACCAAAUAUGUGGAGCUCAUUAUCGUGGCGGACAACAGGGAGUUUCAUAAACAGGGCAAAGACAUAGAGAAGGUCAAGCAGAGGCUAGCUGAGAUCGCCAAUUACGUGGACAAGUUUUACAGAGCAUUGAAUAUCCGUGUAGCUCUGGUGGGCUUGGAGGUUUGGAGUGAUUCUGAUAAGUGCCCAGUGACUCAGGACCCCUUCACUACCCUGCAUGAGUUUCUGGACUGGAGAAAACUCAAACUGCUGCCCCAGAGACGGCAUGACAAUGCCCAGCUCAUCAGCGGUGUGUAUUUCCAAGGCACCACUAUUGGCAUGGCUCCCAUCAUGAGUAUGUGCACUGUGGAGCAAUCCGGUGGGAUCGUCAUGGACCACUCAGACAACCCCCUAGGAGCAGCUGUGACCUUAGCCCAUGAGCUGGGACACAACUUUGGAAUGAACCACGAUACUCCGGAGCGAGGUUGCGGCUGCAGGAUGACAGUGGAUCGCGGAGGCUGCAUCAUGACCCCCUCCACAGGGUACCCAUUCCCCACAGUAUUCAGUACCUGCAGCAAGAAAGAUCUUGCUGCCAGUCUGGAGAAGGGAGUAGGCAUGUGUCUCUACAACAUGCCAGAGGUCAAAGUAUUGUAUGGAGGACAGAAAUGCGGCAACGGCUAUGUGGAGGAAGGAGAGGAGUGUGACUGUGGAGAGCCAGAGGAGUGUAUGAACCCUUGCUGCAAUGCUACUACCUGCACUCUCAAAGGAGACGCUGUGUGUGCCCACGGACAGUGCUGCAUGAACUGCCAGCUGAAGCCUGCUGGAACACCGUGCAGAGAGUCCAGUAACUCAUGUGACCUGCCUGAGUUCUGCACUGGCACCAGCCCUCAUUGCCCAGCUAAUGUCUACUUGCAUGACGGACACACAUGCCACAACGUAGACGGCCACUGUUACAACGGCAUCUGCCAGACACACGAACAGCAAUGCAUCACCCUCUGGGGACCAGGAGCCAAACCUGCACCCGGUAUUUGCUUUGAGCGGGUGAACUCAGCAGGCGACCCCUAUGGAAAUUGUGGGAAGGAUUCCAAAGGCUCUUUUGCAAAGUGUGAACCACGCGACGCUAAGUGCGGGAAAAUUCAGUGCCAGGGGGGUGCCAACAGGCCCGUCAUUGGUACCAAUGCUGUUUCCAUAGAAACCAACAUCCCACUGCAUGAGGGCGGGCGUAUCCUGUGUAGGGGGACGCAUGUGUACCUGGGUGAUGACAUGCCCGACCCAGGACUGGUACUGGCAGGCACCAAAUGUGCCGAGGGCAUGAUGUGUUUGAACAGGCAGUGCCAGAAUGUCAGUGCGUUUGGAGUGCAUGAGUGUUCGGGGAAGUGCCACAGCAGAGGGGUGUGUAACAACAAAAAGAAUUGCCACUGUGAAGCUCACUGGGCACCCCCAUUCUGCGAAAGGGCAGGGUUUGGUGGGAGUGUUGACAGUGGACCAAUGAGAUUGGCAGAUGUGCAUGUGUGUGUAUUAAUGUGCGUGUUGUCCUAUGUGACGUCAGCUGACAGUCGGGCUGUGGCCAUGGGCGUGCUGGUCACUGUGCUCUGCCUGCUGGCUGCUGGCCUUUUCGUGUGCCUGAAGAGGAAGACCCUGGUCCAACUCCUCUUUGCCAACAAGAAGAGCACCAUUCAGAAGCUCAGAUCAGUGGGGUGGAGUAGAGCCCCCAGUCCACCACAGACACAGCCAGUGUACAAAGGGUCUCCUCACCACAAAUCUCCAUCCAGAGCUGCCAACUCUAGAUUAAACAAGCCAUCUCAUCUCAGCGCCGAGCCUCUUCUUCCUCCUCCGAACUUCCACUCUCACAGUUUGCGGCGUUUGCCCCAGUGCCCUGCUCAGUGCCAGCCCCUUCAUAUCAGCCACCCUAUGCCAAUCACGCUGGGUGUGGGAAUGGCCACUGGCCUGCAGGCCUUGCCCCCUGUGCCACCCCAUAGGCCUCUGCCUACUCACACUCUGUCUCCAGUAAGAGCGGCCCCUUUCCUCACCCUCCCUCGCCAGCAGCCCUACAGAGCCAAACAGGAUCAUGAGAAACCCAGUCCUCCCCAGAAGCCGCUGCCUGCAGACCCCCCCGUUAGAGGUUCCAGGCUGGGUCGGAGCACAUCAGCAGUUGGAGUGCAGACACAUAGUCCUGUGCCCUUACCUAUUCCAAUCCCAACCGUACCAAUACCCCCACCUACUAUACCACAACCAGCCAGGCCCCCACCAAGGCUACCACAGUCUCUAUAUGAGCGCUGACAUAAGUUCCCCAUGAGAUGAGGACAAAUUCCACCAGCGAAUGAACACAUUAAUUUGCACUAUGAAAACUCUAUUGGACCCACUGGUCACCCCUGCGGAACUCCUUAGAGUGUCUCUGAAUCUCAGAGAGAAGGAAACUGAGCCUCGGUGCUGUGCCUCAGAAAAGGUGCUCAGUGUCCUCACUCAGGUACUGCAGAACUAUUUAAGAUGUAUAUUUAUUGUCCGAAGAACACAUGCACUGUGGUCAACACUUUUUGUAUGGUAGCAUUAUUGUGAACUUUUUAUUACUGUUUGUGUUCCUCCUUUUGUCAACAUUACAGACACUUGUUGAUUCCACAUCACAGGAGUAAAUGCUUUUAUUCGUGCUUACUUUGUCUCCUAACAUACUGCGGGAAAUACCUGUGAAGUUGCUUAACAAAGAAUUCUGAGUGGGUGCUGUGAAAAACAAAGCAAGCCUACUUAAAAGUAAGUGGAACUGGAACGUAAACACCACAAGAUUUAUUUAGAAUAUUAAAGCAAGUUGAAGGAGAAUUUGAACAAAUGUUACUGUGGUCCAGAUCAUCCGUUGAUUGUUUCCAAUGCAUUAACCAUCUGUACACUUAAAAACUCAGUUGUCAUAUACCCUAUGUUGAGAAAUCAUGCGUGAACUCUAGAAAUGUUUACAUAAGUUAAGUUCCACAAACUUGAAGUCCACCACAGGAUUACAUUUUUCUUAUGCUCAAACAUGUUUGGAAAAAUCCUUGUAGUUAUGAAUCUGGAGCUAUGAAGCUCAAAUUCUAAAUAAAAUUACAUUUCUAGUCCUUACAGCAAGAAAAAAGGUAUAAAGCUGUCACAGCUUUUGCUAUAUCUUUAUCAACAUGAUUAAUGCUGGGAGCAGAUCUUCAUAAUAGACCAAGCUUGGCUCAUACAAGCAUAGAAUCCUUUGAAAGUUUAGUCACAGCUGUAGUAAGUAGUUAUAUGCCCUGUAUUCCCAUUUAGACAUGUGGUGUUUUCUGACUAAACCACUGGAAGUCUUUGCAAUGUAAUGUGAAUAUUUGCAUCAGCAUGCUUUAAAGACACGUAAAACAUGCACAUGCUGGUGCCAGAUUCUGCAACACUGGGACUUCCGUUGCCCAACACAUGACCCUGUUUUCCCAUCAUUCCCUACAGAUUCACAGCUGCAUUCAUGACAUACUAUAGCACUAACCGUGUUCAGACUCAAGAUCUUCAAAAGCUGAAAGACAAAGCCAACUUGGCUUUUAUUUGACUGAACUAUACUCCUUAAGGAAAACCGGCACAUAUAAAAGCCACUGUCUUGUUUUAGCCGUUGAUGUAAUUUUUAGUAAUUUUGCUUUUAAUUUUUUUCUUUUUAUACUUUACCAUUCUGUAUGUAUUGCUGACAUCCUCAUUACUGUUACUGUUCAGAAACGUGACACAGACUCAUUGAUAGUGCUGUGUUGAAAUGCUUUUACUUUUCUACUUUUCUUAGUUUUUAACUUAGUUUUUCACAUGCUCACAUUUCACAUGCUAGUAAAAGGCAUAUUUGCGUAUUAAGGCCUGUUAAAUUUCAAUUUAAAACAAUUGUGCAAGUUAAUUUGUAGGUUUGUUUUCUAUGUAAGUAUCCAUGGCACUUUUCUCAGCCGCUUUUUGAUAGAUGCCAUAAAGGGAAGCCAUUUCUUUGCCAUCAAGAUGAUCUUUCCGUUUUUGUACUGAUUUUUUUCCCACUAUGUCUUUGCUCUUAUACUACAAAGCAAAAUGUUAUUCAUUUCCAUUUUCUUUGCCAGUGAACCUGAAAGGUAACUGGGAACAUGGUAUCAUUCAAACACAUCAUUAUUCAAAGGCUUCAACAGAAUAAUAGAACAAAUAAAUAAACAAGGCUUUAAUUUGCA